UCAACGGCCUACGCUUAAGCCUGAAGCAGAUCUGGUCUCCUUUUACUAGAUCUCCACUCACAGCCGUCGAUCCUUAAGAGCCGGCUCGAAGAUGGUGCUGGUUUCGGCCGUACGGGAUUACGUUAAUCGGAUGUUACAAGACAUCUCCGGCAUGAAAGUUCUCAUUCUUGAUUCUCAAACGGUUAGCAUUGUGAGUGUUGUUUAUUCACAAUCAGAGCUACUUCAGAAAGAGGUAUUUUUGGUAGAAUUGAUAGAUUCCAUUUCCAAGUCAAAAGAAUCUAUGUCGCAUCUCAAGGCAGUUUAUUUCCUACGGCCUACAUCGGAAAAUAUUCAGUACAUGCGGCGUCAACUAUCUAAUCCUAGGUUUGGAGAGUAUCACUUGUUUUUUUCAAACAUGUUGAAGGACACUCAGAUUCAUCUUUUAGCUGAUUCAGAUGAACAAGAAGUUGUCCAGCAAGUCCAGGAGUUUUAUGCCGACUUCAUUGCAAUCGAUCCUUACCACUUCACUUUAAACAUGCCCUCAAAUCACUGUUACAUUCUCCCAGCAGUUUUGGACCCUUCUAAUUUGCAGAACUUCUGUGACCGAGCUGUUGAUGGUAUUGGUGCAGUUUUCUUGGCGUUAAAACGAAGGCCAAUUAUUAGAUAUUCGAGGACCUCUGAUAUUGCAAAAAGGAUUGCACAUGAAGCAGCAAAACUAAUGUACCAGCAAGAAAGUGGUCUUUUUGAUUUCAGACGGAUGGAAAUGUCUCCAUUGUUGCUGAUAGUUGACAGAAGGGAUGAUCCUGUGACUCCAUUACUGAACCAAUGGUCCUAUCAGGCAAUGGUACAUGAGUUGAUAGGUAUUCAGGAUAACAAAGUUGAUUUGAGAAGCAUUGGAAAAUUCCCCAAAGAUCAACAGGAAGUAGUGCUUUCAUCAGAACAAGAUGUUUUCUUCAAAGCUAACAUGUAUGAAAACCUUGGAGAUAUUGGAAUGAACAUCAAGCGAAUGGUGGAUGAUUUUCAGCAAGUUGCUAAAAGCAACCAAAAUAUACAGACAAUAGAAGACAUGGCCAAAUUUGUAGAUAAUUAUCCCGAGUACAGAAAAAUGCAUGGGAAUGUCUCAAAGCAUGUCACAUUGGUAACAGAAAUGAGCAAAAUAGUUGAAGAAAGAAAGCUUAUGUUGGUUUCAGAAACUGAGCAGGAGUUGGCUUGCAAUGGGGGGCAAGUUGCUACUUUUGAGGUAGUGUAUUUUUUUUGUUUUAUCUAUUUUUCAUUCUUUUUAUGGUUCCGUAUCUGUUUGAGUCUUAAGUAUAUCAGUCGGUUUACAGUACAAUUUGUUAUUCCAUUAAGAUACGGAAGACAUUCACAAAUUCAAUGCUAUUACAAUUAGUGGUUUCGACUUUUG